ACCCAGAUAAUUUCGUUACUAUUACUGAAAAAGACAGGGAUUUAGCACAUACAUAUCACGAUAGAUUAUGCUCAGAUGCAGACAUGAUCCAGUUUGCAAAAGAUACCGAUGAUGACCCAAACACAUUGAUGAACAUGUCUAGACGAAAACGACUAAUAAGUGAGGAAAUUAUGUUCCGAUUGUAUGAAGAUGAUGGCGAAUACCAGUGGAUAGGUGAAUUUCGCAGGUAG